AUGAGGUGCAACACCUUGUUGCAGAACUUGUCAUCCUUACACUAUCAUCGGUCGUUCUUGGCUCACCGGGUGUCUCGUUGCAUAGGGACGAAUGUUACACUACGUCGUGAGACAGGCUCACGCUCCAGACAUCCGGACAUGCUUCCUAUCAAACUUGAAGAGGUCUAA